GAUUUCCAAGCCAAGUGUUGAAGGCACCCCCAGUUUCUUGCCACAUAGAGUAAAAUGCAAGAGGAGAAUUGAUACAUCGAGGAAAGAACAGUUAAAAAGGAACCAGGACUUGAUGAUUUUGAAAAUUCUCACAGUCUCUCCAAUGGGCAAAAAGUGUUAAAAGUAAGAAAUGACUUUCAAGCAUGUGGCAUAGAGAUAAGCCCUGGCCUAGGGGGGGAAAAAAAAAAGCCGAGUGGUAAUUCUCCAAGGUUGUGUUAAAACCUCAGGAAAAUCAGAGGAUCAGAAAGGUAUUCAGACACACAACUGUUGGGCCCUCUCUAGAGAUUAAAAGUAUGCCUCCUACAACAUCGCAAACAAUAAGGCUUUUUGGAAGUCUGACUUGCCCUUUAACCAUCUCAAUGUCUUUACCCUAGGUAAAGGUGCACCUGUCUCAAAAAGAAUGGUGGAUGUGGCUUCCGUGUAAGGGAAAUUGACAGGAGACCCACAAAGUAUUUAAGAAAUUUAUUUCAGCAAAAGCACUGCCACCUUAAACUGAAAGAAGCAGAAUGAGGACAAAUGAAGGGAGGCUAGAGCUCCAAAAUUCUACUGUCAAGAAGCAGGAUGAUGAAGUACUCAGCUGCAAGUGUGCUACCUUUCAUGAAAAAGAUGGCAUGACUCAGAGGGCCAAAUCGAGAGCUAUUGUGGAUGAUUCCCAGGCCUUGGACUCUAAUCAAGGAACUCUGGAGACCCCCUCUCCACUGCUGGCUUUGAAAGAGCACGUUGCUUUGUCAUGAGCUACCUAUCAUACACAGCAAGGAGCCGAAGGCAGCCUCCAGCUGGUAGUCAGCAAGAAAAUAAGGUCAAGUCUGACAACCUCUGAGAAACUGAAUGCUCCAAUAAGCGGUGUGAACUUGGAAGCAGAUCUGACCCCCGUCAAACCUUUGAAGUCCAUAGACAGACAGGGAUGUCCUACAGUAGCUGGAGUCCUUCAUCGUGGAGCUAAACCCACACGCUUCACACAGGAAUCGGAAAAACUGAAAGCACAUCCAAGGAAGUAGACCAUUUCCAAGCCCAGAUGCUGCUUCUCACCAAGGAGAUGAGUCAACAGAUCAGCACCAAGCAGGUCUCUUCAGCAGAGGUACGCAUCGGGCCCAUGAGACUGACCCAGGAUCCUAUCCAGGUUUUACUUAUCUUUGCCAAGGAAGAUCGUCAGAGUGAUGGCUUCUGGUGGGCCUGCGACAGAGCCGGGUAUAGAUGCAACAUUGCUCGGACUCCAGAGUCAGCCCUGGAAUGCUUCCUCGAUAAGCAUCAUGAAAUCAUUGUCAUCGAUCACAGACAAACUCGAAACUUUGAUGCAGAGGCGGUGUGCAGGUCAAUCCGGGCCACAAAUCCUUCGGAACACACGGUGAUCCUGGCAGUGGUUUCACAAACAUGCAGUGACCAUGAAGAGGCCUCAGUCCUCCCUCUGCUGCACGCGGGCUUCAAUAGGAGAUUUAUGGAGAAUAGCAGCAUAAUUGCUUGCUAUAAUGAACUGAUUCAAAUAGAACAUGGGGAAGUUCGCUCACAGUUCAAGCUAAGGGCCUGUAAUUCAGUGUUUACAGCAUUAGACCACUGUCAUGAAGCCAUAGAGAUCACAAGCGAUGACCAUGUGAUUCAGUAUGUCAACCCAGCCUUCGAAAGGAUGAUGGGCUACCACAAAGGCGAGCUCCUGGGCAAAGAACUCGCUGAGCUGCCCAAAAGCGACAAGAACCGCGCAGACCUCCUCGAAACCAUCAACACCUGCAUCAAGAAGGGCAAGGAGUGGCAGGGCGUUUACUAUGCCAGACGGAAAUCGGGUGACAGCAUCCAACAGCAUGUGAAGAUCACGCCAGUGAUUGGCCAAGGAGGGAAAAUUAGGCAUUUUGUCUCCCUCAAGAAACUGUGUUGUACUACUGACAAUAAUAAGCAGAUUCACAAGGUUCAUCGUGAUUCAGGAGACAAUUCUCAGACAGAGUCUCAUUCAUUCAGAUACAAGAACAAGAGGAAAGAAUCCAUUGACGUGAAAUCAAUAUCAUCUCGAGGCAGUGAUGCACCAAGCCUACAGAACCGUCGCUACCCAUCCAUGGCAAGGAUCCAUUCCAUGACGAUUGAGGCUCCCAUCACGAAGGUUAUAAAUAUCAUCAAUGCAGCCCAAGAAAACAGUCCCGUCACAGUAGCAGAAGCUUUGGACAGAGUUUUAGAGAUUUUACGGACCACAGAACUGUACUCCCCUCAACUGGGUACCAAAGAUGAAGAUCCUCACACCAGUGAUCUCGUGGGAGGCCUGAUGACGGAUGGCUUGAGAAGGUUGUCAGGAAAUGAGUAUGUGUUCACUAAGAUUCAAGACGUUCUUUCUAGUAGUGACCGUGAAGAUGACAAAUGCUCAGCAGCCCUCGAGAUUCCACAAUUAACCACCCUUCCUGCCCCAUCCGUUUGCUCAGACGUGCACCAGAGUCACAGUCACCUUUCGAUGCCAAUAACUAUCAGUGAUGUCCCCCCUUCGAUCGCUCAAUUACUCGAUAACGAGGAAAGCUGGGAGUUCAACAUUUUUGAAUUGGAAGCUGUGACACACAAAAGGCCGUUGGUUUACCUGGGCUUAAAGGUCUUUUCCCGGUUUGGAGUAUGUGAAUUUUUACACUGUUCUGAAACUACUCUUCGGGCCUGGCUCCAAGUGAUUGAAGCCAACUACCACUCCUCCAAUGCGUACCACAACUCCACCCACGCCGCUGACGUCCUGCACGCCACGGCCUUCUUCCUCGGAAAGGAAAGAGUGAAGGGAAGCCUCGAUCAGCUAGAUGAGGUGGCUGCCCUGAUUGCAGCCACAGUCCAUGACGUGGACCACCCGGGAAGGACCAACUCUUUCCUGUGCAACGCAGGCAGUGAACUCGCUGUGCUCUACAAUGACACCGCUGUCCUGGAGAGUCACCACACAGCCCUAGCCUUCCAACUCACGGUCAAGGACAACAAAUGCAACAUCUUCAAGAACAUUGACAGGAACCAUUAUCGAACACUGCGCCAAGCUAUUAUUGACAUGGUUCUGGCAACGGAGAUGACAAAACACUUUGAACAUGUGAACAAAUUUGUGAACAGCAUCAAUAAGCCAAUGGCAGCUGAGGUUGAAGGCGGCGACUGUGACUGCAACCCUAUUGGGAAAAACUUUCCUGAAAACCAACUCCUGAUCAAGCGCAUGAUGAUUAAGUGUGCUGACGUGGCCAACCCAUGCCGCCCCCUGGACCUGUGUAUUGAAUGGGCCGGGAGGAUCUCUGAGGAGUACUUUGCACAGACCGAUGAAGAGAAGAGACAGGGGCUACCUGUGGUGAUGCCAGUGUUUGACCGGAAUACCUGUAGCAUCCCCAAGUCCCAAAUCUCCUUCAUUGACUACUUCAUAACAGACAUGUUUGAUGCUUGGGAUGCCUUUGCACACCUGCCAGCCCUGAUGCAGCAUUUAGCUGAUAACUACAAACACUGGAAGACACUAGAUGACCUAAAGUGCAAAAGUCUGAGGCUUCCAUCUGACAGCUAAAGCCAAGACAGAGAAGGAGACCUCUUCAUCUACAAAGAGCACCGUGAAUCACAGUAGUGUAAACAGGAGGCUUUCCUUUAUAAUGAACAUGACAGGUAUAGGCUAAGGAGUUAAUGUUUAAUAUCUGACCUUGAAAUCAUUCAAGUUCCCAAAUUUCAUUUUUAGGAAAGUAUGUUUCAUGAAGAAAAACUCUGUUCUUUUGCACAAUAACUUAGUGACAGAACAAACAUAUGGCAAAACCCUUUGCCCUGCUCUCAUCCUGUGUGCCCUCAUCAAACCAUGGAGUUGAUUCACUGUAACUAGCAGGACACAAGCAGCAAAGACUUGGUGCCCAUGAACCCAUCUCCGUGAAUGAUGACCAUGUAGCGUGGCUAGUGAUUAGCUCAUCUUUUAUCAUGAAAGUCACCGUCACUAUUUAGCUUGACUAUUUUCCUCAAGAGCAGCCAUCUGAAAGAGUUAGAAGAAUAUCUAAGGGGAAAAAUAAAAACACACAAAAAUGAGCAAAACACCUAGGACCAAAUUACCACUUAGCUUCAGAGCUUCCAUGGCUGGUGGUUCUUCUGAUCGAUGGUGUGGCACCGAGUUAGAACACAGCCUUGGCCUGGUGAGUGCUCUCUCCAGACUGGUAAGCAGCAGCCCGUGUAGCCCUCUUUCCUGCAAAGGGGAUUCUUUUCAGCAGAAAGCCAUCCAUGAUGGGGAAGGGAGUGACAUCCCAUUUUGGGGGAAUCCAUGAGUUUUUCCCUUACUUCUGGUUUACAGAGGCAGUCACAAGGCACUAUACUGAGUGUUAUAUAAAAAAGCCAUUAAAUCUGAAUGCCCUGGACAAGCUUUUUUUAAAAAAAAUUUAUAUAUACAUUUGCUGUUCAAAAUUUUUAUUAAAGCAAUCUAAAUUUUCUGGGUAUAAGUCCACAGAGUAUAUUGUACCAUAUACCAUCUAUACGUAUAUAUGUGAGGAGGAGUUAGAGGAAGUUUCAAAGUUGUGAUGUUUUUAACCUAUCUAUAUUUAAGAUCAUGCCAUUUUGCUUUAUGACGUUUAAAAAAGGGAGUUGCAAGAUGUGUAAAUAUAUCAGAAAAUAGGCAUAUGGGGAAGCCGUACAUACUAUUUUAAGCUACUAACUGUAUGCUAAAAGCUUCUAAAGCACAAGUGCAUAUUUUUAUACAGCUCUUUUCACAACUUUCUGUGAUCUACAUGAAGUCAGACUUGAGAUUUUCCUUUCUCUUUUACCAGCCAGCCCUUCUCCAUGUAUUAUAAAUAUUAAAAACUCAGUAAACAAAAUGUUUGUUUUUCUCUCAAAUUCUCUGUACUCCAUGCUGCAUUUCUAAGAGGCAUAAACAGCGUCUAAACUAACUGAACCAGUAGUUAGUUACUUUUUUCAAAUGAAAACUGGAAUGCAGAAACACUUGGAACUAAUACAUGGGAAGGAAAAAAAUGUCUUAUCACUACAUAAUGUGCCAACGUUUUUUUCUAUGUUUUGUACCCAAAAAAAUCGAAACAUCUAUGACAGUUCCAUGCAAAGAAAUGUAUCUAAAUUAUUUUGUUAGAUGGUACGAGAACUUGCUUGGUCAGGACAGCAGCUAGCUUUGUAUUGUAAUGCUUCAUUAUGUAAAUGUGCUGAAAAUGUUUUUGUGAAGUAAUUGUAAACUAAAUUCCUACAGCCAUUUUUCAUUCCCAACAGCUGUUUUAUUUUAUUCCUUUGCCCUAAAGUUUUCAUAAUUUUA